CCACCUGGUGAAGAUGUAGUCUGUUUGGUCUCCAUGGAGAUGUCUCCAGUCUCAGUCUUUGCCCUGUUGCCAUGGUCACUGUGCUUGCUGUUCUUCCUGACUGCCGCCCGCCCCCAGACGACGAGCUCUGCCCCCACACGUGCAGCUUCCCCGAGGGCCAAUACGACGCUACUCUACGAGAGCGGCGCUGCGACGAGCCGCAGCCUGCGUAACUGCAGUUGCUCUGCCCCCGUCACGGACUGCGACGAAGUGCUGGCGAACUCUCUGUGCCGCUGCCACAGCGUGCCACGCUCCGCCAUGCCCCGCGCUGGGCUGCGGGAGGCGGGGCAGCUGGCGGUGUGGGUGAAGGAGCUCUGGGUCCUGGAGGAGCUGCUGAACGGCAGCUCGGUGGGCCACCUGCGCCUGUCGUUCUGCGGGAUCAAACCUGUGGACAGCCGGUACCUGGCUCUGCGGGGUCUGCAGACCCUCGGGAUCCACAGCGCCGUGCCGCUGGCUCCAUACCCUGACCAGGAAAUGACCGUCUCCCCCCCAGCGGGGGUCACAGCGGAGCUGGACGCCCUUUCCUUUGGCUCCUCCUCCUUCCUGCACAUGACCUUCGUGGACGUGGCCGUGCUGAACGGGCUGUCCGCCCUGAAGGCGUACAGCGUGGUAGGACCGCCUGCCCCCACCCUCUCCCAGCACUUCCCCCUGCUGCCCAUUUCCCCGCCCCCCUCUGAUGACCCGGCUGAGAUGGCUGCAGACCGCCUGCAGGACCUGCUGGUGACCUUCGUGUACUGAACCUCGACACCGAUAGCACUUUUUUGUGGGACGCGUUCCCUUCCUGCUGCUGCUCCUGUCCCGGAGAUGAAGUGCCCUUUGAUGCUCUGAUCCUGUAACGAGGUUUGGGAAUGUUUGCACUCUGAUUGGAUAAGAGGACAGCUGCGUGAAGCCACAGAGGUUUCACACGCAUGUACACACUCUGACCGUCCACUGUGGUACCGUGUAACGCACCGCAGUAGAAACUCAUAGCUUUAUUAAACAUCAUAGGUUAGGUUUGGGCUUCAUGUCAGGUUAACAGGAAUUCCCACUACCAGGACCUGCUGGAGUCUCAUGAGUCUAAACAUCUGCAGAUGCUUUACGGCUAACCUCUCAGUGUCCGUCAAGAUACUCUGACCUGUCACAGAUAAUGAAAAUUAGCCUUUUUAGCGUUUUACCAACAAAACCAAACAGUAAGCUGAGCCCAGCGAUGUUCUCAUAACUCACUGAUGUGCUGUUGGUGUUAGUGGUUCAUAAAGCCUUUCACUCACAGUUUAUAACGAGUGUCUCAUCAGGAAACUGAAGCUGGGGGAUGUUAAUGGUUUGGUGUGUGAGUGGCAUGUAAGUGAUCUGUAAAUCCUUAGUAACAGUGGGCGAGGAUGACUCCGUGGAAAAAUGUGUGAAACAGCUGGAAGGGGACGAGGUGCUAACAUGACUCAGCUGCAGGCGCUGUGAGCGGUGAUCUCUCCUGUCUCUGCGCUCACUUUUCUCCUCCAGUUCACAUUCAACCUGUCUGCGUUUCAUGAACUGAAGGUUCACGUCAGCGAUCAUCGACUGCAAGCCGUCUCACAGCCUUUAGACCUCGCUCAGACUUUAUGGACUGCAGCGUAACUGUUACCAAAAGCUGAGGUUCAUUCAGGUGCCGUACGGCGAUUAAACGACUGUAAUUGUGAAGUCAUUACUGGGCAGACAGUCUGCAGUCUGCAGGCUUCCUGAAUCUAUGAGACAAACAACACGAUUGUUCCCAGAGACAGAGGAGAUCCAGGCUCUGCCUCCAGCUGCCGGCUGGGUGUUAGCGCUCCGUCCUGCCCAGGUGCCCCGUCUCUUUCUCAGUUCUUAGACUUACAUGGGCGACAACUUACAGCAAAAACACAAAUCAGAAAAACAGCAGGGCUCCCUGCACACUUUUACUGAUGAACCACGCCAUCCUCAUCAUCACAGCAGGAAUAUCUUUAUAAAAUAGAUUUCGUAGCAGAUCUCGAGUAGGGUUGGGCGAUAUGUAAAAAUUUUCCAACCGACAAUCAUCAGUCCAAUAAUCGACGAUGGGCGAUAUAUUCACGCAUGCACAGACUUUUUGAUGGGCGGAGCAAUGUGAUCAUGCACGGAUUGAUUUGGGCAGAAGUACAAACGUGGACGAACUAAUAGGGCUGUCGGCAUUAACGCGGUCGUCACGAUUAAUGCGAUUAAACUUUUUUCAUGUACUCCACCCAUCUGGAGCGCAGAAAGAACAAACUUUGGACAAACUGCCUGAAAUGCAUUGACAGAGACAUUUCAGGGAUUUUGACUCAAUCUGUGUUCCAGAUGGGUUCAUUGUUAAUCGUGUUAGUCAUGAUGAUGGCGCGUUAACGCUGACAGCACUAAAAACAUAUAAAGUCGCCAAUUUGGGAUGAAAGAGGCAAACCUAAGGACGUAACCAAAGCGGUGUACCACUUGUGCAGACACAUAUUACGAGCAAAGUACUCAAACACGACUAACUUGCAUGAGCAUGCACGUGUCCACCGUCCGGCUGAGUAUGCUAGGCUAUCACCAGCUUCUGCAGCUCCAUCGAGCAUUUGUGCGCACUCUGAGGAGGGUGCAUGUGCUCGCAGAUGAAAGAGGCUGCUGUUAAAACAGGGCUAUUAUUUUUUUUCUGUUGACUGCUUCUAUUAGCUCCAUCAUUAUUAGCAAACGUACUCAUGGACAAAUAAAUAAAUACAUCGCUGAUGGGCUCAGCCGAUCGGCGAUACUCGAUAUAUUUGCCCAACCCUAAUCUCUAGAGACUUGCAGAACCUCUCAGAGGCUCACAGCUCCAGAGUUCAUACUUCAAAAGAGCCAACAAUAAACAAUAAACCCCAUACGAAACUUCUUCAGGUGCAUCCUGGGCAGCAGCUCAGCACUCAGUUUCAUUUGGCGAGAUAAUAAAUCAACAUUAAGACGGUCUGAGAAUGAAUUUCCACGACAAAGCGCUGAAGCCGCUCUCAGAUUUACGUCUUUACUUUAACUCCUCCAGUCUCAUUCCCAGAGCAUCAAAUGAUGAGUGCUGAGCGGUUUCAAACUCAAACCAACGUUCAGCAGUGCUGCGGAUAGAACGAGGGCGCGUUGGCUUCCUGCAGAUCUGCGUUACAUAACGGCCUCGUGGAAGAACAUUUGUGUGCCACAUGAUGAAAUCCUGUCGGUGCAGAUUAUGAAGAUGAAAACAAGACGUACUGGGGCAGCUGGCCGCAGUGAACGCUGUCCAGAGCGGGACGAGCGCGUCUGCCGCUCUGUCUUUGAAACAUGAAUCAUAUACACCGCUGUGUCGGUUUAAGAACGACGCCUCUGAAUGUAAACAUGUCCGACAGCAGCGGGGUCUACUGAGGCCAGAGAGCUCGGCAGGCACUGUGCCGCGUUUUCCCAGCUGCUCUGAUUGAGAGCAGAUGGCCUCAUAAAACAAGUUGUUUUGAAACAGGUUAAAAUGGACGCCGAAGAACACGAGUGCCAGCGUUAGGAUCCUCCGCUCUGCUGAGCUGGACGAGUGGGCGGGGCUGCGCAGCUGUUGCUCAGCAGAGCGCAAACAGAAUGUGUUUGUUUCACACUCGCUUUAAGGCCGAGGAGCUUACAUGCUCUCGCUGUCCUCCUGCUCGAGUCCUGAGAGGCUCUGUGAGACCUGCUCGCACAAACACCUCUGUGUGUCUGCAUGUGUGUGUGUGUUAAACCCAUGCAGUGAGGAUUCAGAGCAGAGAGUCAGAGUUCAGGUCCACGCCCACCACACGCUGGCCUCUAUCCUUAAUUACCUGGUGGGACUUUGCACGCUGCUCAGCGCCUCUGUGUGAGGAAAUGUUCCCGCAAACAGAAACUUUUGAAAUGUGCAUAGAGCACGGCUCACUUUUACAAACACCAACCUUUGAGUCCAAAAUGAUUUGCGUCAGAAAUGCUUUGAUUUGCUUCCAGGUUCUAAUUCUCAUUCACAGCAGGACAGCUACAAAGUGCACACACAUGGCCAGAGUCCAAGCUAGCACGUUCGACUUAAUCAAGGCCGGGUGGAGGGAUUAGCCCUUUUUCUUAAACUGGGUUUGAUCUCAUGCACAAACGUUUGAUGUGAACAGAGGGUUCAGUUUCCUGGAGUUUCUCUGUUCUGAAACAGUUCAGUUUUGGCUCUGCAGGUGUCGCUGUGCUGCAGCCACACGACAGAGGCUGUCAAGCAAAUCAGUGCAUGUUUGCUAAUGUCCUGGUAGUUCCUCACACUCUGGUGGUCAAAGACAGAACUGAAAGCUGCUCCUGAGUUAAACCAUAAGCUAUAAAGAUACAUUUAUCAUUUCUUAUACUGUAACAGUCCAUAUAAACCUUUGAUGGGCUGUUGCUGUUUGAAGCAGCCCCUAAAUGACCAAAACAAACGUUCUUCUUUAUUUUCUGGCUGUUUGCAGCCCUCUAGUGGUUGUACGUGGAACUUCAAUUGAAAGUGUAGACAUUUAAACCGCUAAUCCUUUUCCAGAAAAACGAACGUGCAGAUAAACACUGACGUUCAGGCUUGAUGUAAGUGCACAUUAUUCAUGACCUCUCCGCCAUAUUGGUUGGUUAAAUGCCUCAGCAGUGACCAAUGACUCGUGGUUAGCCGUCCUGACAGCAGACUCUGAUAAGCACCCAGAGUCUUGCAGACCUUUGGAUCUGGUCUCAUAUCAUUUGAGCAGCUUUUAUGACAUAAUUAUAGAUUAUGUGGUGUGAAGUCAGGGAGGGGUCAGGGCUGCACCCCUCCCUCCCUGGGUUUGGUUGCAUCAACAACCAAACCCAGUGACACACGGUCCGCUUGAGUUUCUCAACGUAACAUGAAAGAUGCUCAACCUGUGAGUGUCUGACUUCAUCAGAGGGUCUCUGCACUUGGUUUUCAUGCUUACAUCAUGCUUACAUUAUUUAUACUUAGCAUUUAUCAGACAGUCAGCGACUGCACGGAAACCUCUGAUUGCUAAGGAAAAAUGUGAAUUCUCCACCUGGUUGCUGGAAGCGGUCACAGGGAGGUUUAGUGCUUCUCCAUCCAGCUGGAGAAUCCUUGUUUUUCCGGGCCGACAUGUCCGGUCUCUAGGCCCGUCCAACAGCUGACGUCACCUGGUUAGUGGUGAAAACUUAAAUUUAAGAAGCACUGCUCAUGAGAAGAAAAUGUUUAAGAUCACUUUGAUUUGGAGGGGGCGGGGUUUAUAACUUUUACCCCAACCUGCCACCAGAGGGCGAUUGCCAUGCUGUCCAUCUUUAUAUACAGUCUGUGUUUUCAAGGUUACCCAGUCAGGAAUAAGGAGAACCGCUGGGUGAGUCCCUUCCUGAGCACAAACACUUGUAGUUAUGCAACAGGCAGAAGUCUGUCUGUGAACGCCAUCUGCUGUGGAAAACACAAACAGAGCAGCUCACAUUUCCAGCGUGCAGCGCUCUGACACACUGGGAUUUUUCCACAGCUCUUCCCAUCUGCUAAACUGGGCUGUAACACACCUCCAUAAUGGUUUUCAGGCAGUUCACAGAGGACUGGCACUGAAAGUCAAAGACUCUGGAACUUUCCACCACAAAAUGGGUGAAAAUGGGUGAAAAUGAGCUCAGCGGGUUUUUUGGGUUUGACGUCACUCCCUUGUCCUGUCUCCGUUUCCUCUCCUGGUCUCUGUUCCAGCACCUUAACUCUGCAUCAGGGAACGUGUUUUGCUUUCGGAUGAUUUGCACGUUUGUUGCAGGCUUCGUGAUGACUUGUGUGUUUAAGGAGCAGGUUGUGUAUUUGGAAACGGCUCGGCACCUUUGAUUUGUAUAUAAUUUGGAGUGAAUGUCAUAAACACGUCAUCAUGUGGAAGCUUUGUGUAGUCUGACAAUAAAGUUUGAAAAAGUGU